UCAGAGCUUCCACAAGGAAACAACAAGAGAAUACAUGACAGAGGGACUUACCAUAAAGCAGACUUCACUUCUUGGCUUGUUAAUUGCUUAUAAGCAGAAAGAGACUCCGGUGACUCAUGACAUGUGUACAAGAAGACGAAACAGUUUCCUUCCUCUUUUUUUAAGUUCAUCUCCUAACCCUCACUGGACUGUGGCUCUGAUCUGGGAUGACUUUGAAGACACAAUGUUCAAGAACGUAUAUCCUCGCCGCCAAUGGCUGUUUCAACCACUGACAAUUUUGCUGCUGUUGGCUUCUGCAGAAAGGCAAGCUGACCUCCCGAAGGCUGUGGUGAGACGCGAGCCCCCGUGGAUCCAGGUGCUCCGGGGAGACCGCGUGACUCUGACCUGCGAGGGUGCCCCCAGCCCUGGGAACCACUCCACCCAGUGGCUCCACAACGGGAGACUCAUCCCCACCCAGGUCCUGCCCAGCUACCGGUUCACUGCCAAGGGCAAUGACAGCGGAGAGUACAGGUGCCAGGCGGGCGGGACCAGUCUCAGCGACCCUAUGCGUCUGGACGUGAUUUCUGACUGGCUGGUGCUCCAGACUUCUCAACUGAUUUUCCAGGAGGGGGACGUCAUCGUGAUGCGGUGCCACAGCUGGAAUAACUGGCCUUUGGCCAAGGUCACAUUCUACCACAAUGGAGUAGCCAAGAAAUAUUUCUCUGUCAGUAAAAAUUUCUCCAUCCCACAAGCAAACCAUAGUCACAGUGGUGCUUACAACUGCACGGGAUUAAUAGGAAGGACAUCUCACACAUCACCGCCUGUGACCAUCACUGUCCGAGGCCCGGAAAUUCCAUCCAACCCACUUUGGUUCCAAGUCAUUUUCUGUCUGGUGAUGGGACUGCUGUUUGCAGUGGACACAGGACUGUAUUUCCUUGCACAGAGAGACCUUCAAAGAUUAAUGACAGACUGUGGGAAUGAAGUCAGAUGGCACAAGGACACUGGGGACAAAUGACUUCUCAUCCUAUUGCAUAACAUCAAUGACAGCCAUAUUUCUUAGGCCACACUUUUAUUUCUCCUGUAGCCACUCCUUGAAAGCAGUCUUAGCUAAGGAAUCACCCUUUUUUGUCACUUCUUUGCUCAAGCCAUUAAGUAGCUUCCUCUCAAAGAGUAAAAACUAAAGCCUUUGCAGUGUUUUGCAACAUGCUAUAUUAUCUGCUCUUCAUUGUCUCUCUAACCUCUUUUCCUUCUCUUCUGUCAUGCUUAACUCUUGGUUAUUCUUGUCUUUUUAAAAACACAUGAAUUAUACUUCAGCACAACUUUUGCUAUUUCCUAUUUAAAGAAUGUUAUUUCUGGAUUCACAGUCCAGAGUGCUUGACAUUAUACCAUGGAACCCACAAAAGAAUGUUCUUCCUCCAGAUACAUGUGUCACGCUCCAUCAUGUCUGCUUUGGUUUGAGCUUUGGAGUCAGGGUCUCAUUAGGCAGUUUAGGCUGGCCUUGAGCUCACUUUGUAGCUCAGGUUGGUCUCAACUCACAGUGAUCCUCCUGCCUCAGCCUUCCAAGUACUGGGAUUACAGGUGCCUACCACCAUUCCCAAUUUGAGCUCAUUUUUAAACUUGGUGCUUAGUGCAGCAGCAUGGGAGAUGAGACACAGGGGAGGUGUUUGAGUAUUGAGAGGUUAGCUCUUACAUGGAUUAAUGCUUUUCUCGAGGCAAUAGGUUAGCCAUGAUCACAAUUUGGCUAUAUUCUCUCUUCCCAAUGUCCUAUUUGCCCUUGCAUUUUUCUGUUGAGCAUGGAACACACCAAGCAGUUGUGGCAUGUGAUCUUGGCCUAGCCUCUAGAGCUGUGAGCUAAAGAAACCUCUUUUCUUUACAAAUUACCCUGGAUCAGAUGUUUUGUUUUAGUAACAGAAAUCAGACCAAGACAAUACUGUUUAGGUCUUUACUAAGUGUGCCCUGAUCAGAGGGUUCUCCUUGAUCAUUCAGUAUAAUUCUACUCAUCAUACUCCUAAUUCUCCUUACCUACUUCAUUUUUUACAUUAUACUUGUCACCAACUGAUGCACUACAUGUUUACUUGUUUAUUGUUUGACAUGCCUCCUCCCACCAUUUGAAUAUGAAUUCUAGGAGAGAUCUUUGUCUGUUCAUUUGCUAUAUACUCAGUGUCUCGUUCAGUGCCACAUGAUACAGCAUUCAAUAAAUUUCUGUGGAAUGAAUAAA